GUAGUAUCAUCAUACAAUAAUAUUGAUACUGCGAUAGUGGCCGCCGAACUCCCACUAGAAUUAAUAACAAAACGUUGGUGUCGGCGGACGGCCGUCUGUGUUUUCUGCACGGUUUAUCGCAUCCGUCUUUACUCUUCGAUUAUUGUCCACAAAUAAUUAUCACCAAUGACCAAAGUCCUGUUAACGCUUUAUCACAAUAUCGUCGAGUUGCCCAAGUUUUCGUACACUUCUGUUAUCGAUUCCGCGACGGCGGCGGCGGUUCGAGCAAUWGUAGUUGUAGCAGCAGCUGACCGACUGGGAGUGACACACCGCGCGCGCCCACCCCACCUGGUGUCGUACGCUCCUUGCGAUCGAUCGGCGGCGGCGCCCGUGUUUGUGUUAUGGUCCGCUUACGGUGUGUGUGUGCGCGCGCGCUUGYUCGUGUGUGAUAAUAUCGUAACUAAACGCGAAUAACGUAAAAGAUAAAAACGGAACGAUGACCGGUGACAAAUUCGCGGACACGGUACGGGCCGAACGUACGACUGUGCCCGACACUCGGUCGGCGAUCGUCGCAAACGCGUGAACGGUGGAACGAACGACACGRCGGAGGAUACAUCUUAGGGCAGGGACUUAAGGAGGCGAGCAUGGGCAAGGAUCACGAUCUGGUGAUUGCAGCCAAGACUGGCAAUCUCAACGCUGUGGAGAAGAUACUGGUGCAGAAGGCCAAGAGAACGGGACCGCUGGCUAGUUUGAGAAGAGGUGCUGGAGUAAAUACUCAAGACCAAACUGGCUUUACUGCAUUACAUCAUGCUUCAUUAAAUGCGUACAAGGAAAUUGUUCAACUUCUAUUAUGUAACGAAGCGUCAACAAAUGUAGUUGAUCAUAAAGGUGCUGCUCCACUACACUACGCUGCGUGGAGGGGCAAUGUUGACAUAGUCCGCUUGUUGCUCUGCCACGGACCGUCAAUACCGAAUGUCAAUCAUAUGACAAAAAAUCGAGAAACUCCAUUACAUUGUGCUGCCGAACACGGUCAUUCGGGUGUGGUUGUACUACUCCUAGAACAUGGUGCUGAUCCUACUAUAAGAAACCACAAACAUGAAACUCCUUUAGACUUAUGCGCACAGUAUGGAAGACUAGAAACAGUGGAACUUAUUAUUACAAAACGACCAGAACUGAUAAGAUCGUACAAUUCUCGUGCGGCAGGUAUAAUGUUUGCUCACACUCCUUUACAUUUAGCAAGCCGAAAUGGCCACAAGACUGUAGUAGAGCUUCUAUUAUCGGCUGGAAUGGACGUCAAUGUUCGUACCGGUAGCGGCACUGCACUUCACGAAGCCGCUCAAUGUGGCAAAACCGAAGUAGCUAGAACACUACUAGAUCACGGUAUUAAUACACAUAUACGGGAUAUCCAUAGACGUACAGUAGAAGAUCUUUUAAAACAAUUUCCGCCCAAAGCUGGUCCCGCUGUAGAAAUAGCAGCUAUGCUACAAAACCACCAAUUUAAUAAUAACAAUGAAAGUGAUAUGGAAACCGAAAGGAGGAGUGAAAAUGGUGAUAUGGUUCCCGUACCUCUAUUAAGUAGUCCAUAUGAAAAUAUGUUAUCACCUAGUCCUUCUCCCACUCGCUGGGAAAAACAUAAAAGUCGCCGUGUAUCGGAAUCUUCGGCGAUUUCUGAUGGAAAUUACCAUUCUGGCCGUUGGUACAAAAAUGAGCCUACUCCACUUUCUAGGUCCUUAAUAGAAUCUAGUUUUCUCUCAGGCCCUGAAUUGGACGCUGUUAGUAUAAGUUCUUCAACAACUUCUAGCGGCCAUAGACCCGUAUCUUCUUCAAUCUAUUUACCAAUGGCUCCAUUGAAUCCAAGUGCACCCAAUAUUUCUCCUGUCGCAYCUAAAAGACUUACACCCGCAGCUGAUUCUCCUUCUCGAGUAUCCGCAAAUAGCAGUAGCGGACCUUAUGAAUAUUUAUACCAUGCAACUUCUGGCUCACCUUCGUCUGGUCAAAGUCACCGAGGAGAAGUAUUACGUCGAGAGAAAUCAGCUGAUCAAUAUGUUGAAAUGAAACUAAGGCCAACUUCAGGUGAAGAGCCUGUUGCGUUAACUUCAAUUUACCAAAAUGUCCCGAUUCGCACAACUAAUCCCCGACGAAAGCUCAAACGUCACGAUAAAGAUCCCGGUGCAAUAUUGUCACGGGGUGGCUUGCAAUUCAAACGUGUCGAAUUAGAACCUGCUACGACUAAUCAGGUCAUUGUCUCCGACCAUAAUGGUUUUAUUACUACUACCAUUUCAUCAUCCAGAGAAAGUUUACUUGACGGCAAUGACACGCCUUCAGCUGAUUGGCCUCUAAGUCCUACACAUUAUCGCCAACCUCCUACACCUGAUCAUCCACCGCCAUCGCCAUUGCAAGCUGAACGUAGCAUACACGCUAGAAUAAGACCUCUAAGUCAGAUUUAUAGUAAUCUAAAAAGAAAAUCAAAAGAUAUGGAAACGGAAAUCGAAGAAGAUUUAUUAGUGAUUACUUGGGUACCUGAGUCGCAUGCAUUAUUAACUGAUAAAAGUGUGUCUACCUCUGAAGAAACUGGCGUAGAAGAAUUCGUAGGGGAUGCAACMUUUGCAGGAUUACUGAGAGGAUCGAUUAAUGGUAAUAGAGCUGAAAGACCGAAAACUUUACGUAAAUUACGUACAGUAUAUGAUCCUUCAGUCAUAGCUCAAUCACCUGGUUCCGCAGAAGAUCAGUCAAAAAGUUCUAACACCAUGUUGAGUCCGUUCGACGAACAAGAAGAAUGGGCUAAAAUAUCUGAUUUAAUAACAAAUCUAGGAGGCGGAAACGCCAAAGAAUCUAUGUGCAAUGAGCUUGAAAAAGAGUUCCAAGCCAGACUAGGAUUAAAUAGAUCUGAUAGUAAAGAUAAAUCUCGAAUAAAUGGCAAUGAUAAUCCAUUAACGGUUGAAUCCUGGCUAUUCGGAUUAGGUUUCCAAGACUUUGUUAAUGCGUUCAUUGAAUUUGGAUACGAUAAUUUGGACUUUAUUUGUGGCGUAUUGGUAGAAUCGGAUUUAAAAGACAUGGGCAUAGAAAAUGAAACCGAUCGAAAUAAGAUUUUAGAAUCUGUUAACGAUUUACCGUGCUUAGUAAAAGAAUUCUGGUCAAAGCGGUAUACAAAAGAUACUCCUAAAGCAAAAAGCAAAUCUAUUGCUGAUCUAGAUCAAGUUGAUGACGAAGAAGAUGCCAAACAGAUGGAAGAAUGGUUGACUAGUAUUGGGCUAGCUUGCUACAUAGAUACAUUCCGCAAACAUUUGUAUACGGAUCUUGAGCGAAUAGCGAGAAUUUGGGAAGUGGAACUCACUGCAGUGCUAGAAAUCAAUAAGCCAGGUCAUAGAAGGAGAAUACUGUCAUCUGUCGAUAACAGUAAGUCCCAAUUACUCCAAGCUGUUUCUGUCGGUGAUGGUUUAAAUGAUAUUGGCAACGAUCUCAAGCAAUUGAAAAACAACAUUAAGUCACUUAAAGAAAAAGUUGRUUCAAAACAUUCGGUUCACGUGGCAUCUGGCACUGCUACGCUUCGACAUAACCCUAAAAAGUCCAGGCAUGCUCCUCUACCGCCGCCAUUACAAAACUUUUCCAAUCGCAAUAAUAGCGACCUCAUAAUCAGAGGACCUUCAGAACUGCUUUUUGGCGUUCCUUCUACGUUAAUCACACAGUGGAGACACCAGCCAGCAGCGCUAGUCAGUGGAAACGUCAAAUACAUAGCAUCGUAUUUGGGUUCCACUGAGGUAAAAGAACCCAGAGGCACGGAAUCGACUAAACAGUCCAUUCAAAAACUUAAAUAUGCUGUGGCCAGUGGCGCUCAACGGACGUUGCCAGAAGUGGCACUUGUAAUAUCAUACAGAGGCGUUCGGUUUAUGGACCCCAUGUCGGGAAGUUUAGUGUGUGAGCACGAGAUUCGUAACAUAGAUUGCGCAUGUCAAGAUGCGGAUGAUUUGAACCAUUUUGCGUAUAUUACAAAAGACCAUCACACCAGUUCACAUUACAGCCACGUGUUCAGCGUGUCAUCCAUGGACCAAGCAACCGAAAUCAUUUUGACGCUGGGUCAAGCGUUUGAAGUUGCCUAUCAAAUAGCACUCAAAGGUCAAACCAGCGCGGGCAAUCGGAACGGCAAUAAUGGUCACACGAGAUCGCACUCAGCCAACCACAUGUUGCCGAACAUGAUCACCGGUACUCGGGACGGCCGGAGCAGUUCCCAUCAGCACGCUAGAUCACAUUCCGUGAACGAGAUCAAAGUGAAUGGUAUUCAAAAAGGCGAGUCGAACGAAAAGUCUUAAUAUUACUUAUAAACAUAUAUAUUUAGAAAUUUCAGCAAAACAUUAUUGAGUUCAAACAGUUACCAAAUAUUUUCAUAUUUUCAAAUGUGUUUGUAUGUAUAUUGUAUAUAUAUAUAUACUCGCGUAACAAAAAUAACGCAAUUUUUUCUUUCAAAACGCUCAAUAUUAAAAACAACAUAACAUGCUUGAUAUAUUAUUGCUCUUUUUUUAAGAAAAUUCAAUCUAGCGAACAACUUUUUUUAAAAUAUUUAUUAUUUUUUUUUAAACAUAAACAUAUUUUGAAGUAUAAGUUUUGUUGUUUAUGAUAUCAGAUUUUAUGAUAUUUAUUCGUAUCGUAUUCUCUCGUAGAUCGUUAGAAAAUAUUAGCCUAAUACGUUUUAUUUAUAAUUAAUUCAUAUUUUAUUAAUAAUCUUAACUUCAAGGUUCACUAACUUAAUAUUAUUAGAUAGGUGCUAAGAUCAUACUGUUUAAGGCAGGCGUUCCUAUUUGACUUAAUGAUACAAUGCAUCAGCCAUUUAAAUAAAAUCGAGGCCAAAUUUGAUUUUACACCCAAUUUUUUGUGAUAUUUAUAAARCGUUUUUAUAUUAUU